UCUUCCGCCAAACUACUGUUCUUGCAUUUCAUCGAACACUUCAGACACCCUGGGCUCUCUGCUCCGAAACACACCACUCUCCUUGGCCACCACGGCCACCGCCCGAUGGAACGCCGCCAUCCGGCGUCGCCUCGAUUCCGGCCUCCCCACGGAGGCCGUCUCCGCCUUCGCCGCCAUGCUGCGGACCGGCGCCCGCCCCGACCCCUUCACGCUCCCGCUGCUCAACCGUGCUGCGGCGUCGCUCCCCCGCUUCGUCGGCGCCGCCCACUGCUUCGGCAUCCGGACCGGCUUCUGCGGAAACAUAUACUUCUGCAACACGCUGCUGGAGGCCUACACGCGGUACGGGUUGGUGGCGCCCGCACGCCAGGUGUUCGACGAAAUGCUCGAGCGGGACGUAGUUUCUUGGACCACGCUGGCGUCCGCAUAUGCUGGCGCCGGGGAGCCGCGGGAGGUAUCCCAGCUGGUGACGGCGAUGAGGACCAGCGGUGGCUGCGAGCCCAGUGCAGUCACGCUUUCUGUGGUGCUCCGGGUAUGCACGGCCCUAAGGGACACUGCCGGCGGUAGGCAGCUGCACUGCUACGCCGUGAAGAGCGCGUGGGCAGGUGAUUUCCUAGUUUUCAACUCAAUGUUGACGCACUAUAGCCGGACUGCCAGCUUGGAGGACGCAGCUAUGCUGUUCGAGCAGUCCCAGAGAAGAGACAUGGUUUCGUGGAACAUUAUAAUCUCAGUGUAUUCUUCAGAGGGGAAUGUUUCUAAAGUCGCUGAUAUGUAUGAAAGGAUGAGGGCAGAGGAAGUGUAUCCAAGCUGUGAGACAUUAACUUCCGUUGUUGCUGCAUUCACCAAGCACAGGUUUCUUCUGCAAGGCAAGAAGCUGCAUUCCUUUGCAGUUAGAAGUGGGCUCAUGGACACAAUCUUGGUAGCAUCGUUUGUGGACUUCUAUGCGAAAUGUGGUGAGUUACUGUCAUCAGUUCAGUUGUUUGAGGAAUUCAGGGGGGCAAGCAGCUGCCUAUGGUCAGCCAUGCUCUGGGCCUUUAUCCACCAUGGAAUGUUCAUAGACGCAAUCCGUCUGUUUGAGAGAAUGAUGGACUAUUUCUGCGUUCCCAGUGCUGAUAUGCUGCGAGGACUCAUAAUCUGUUGCACUGAAAUAGGUGCUUUAAAGUGCGGUAAAGCAACUCAUGGAUACGUCAUAAGAAACAACUAUGCUGCAGAAUCUAAGAGUAGUUCCUUGGAGACAUCCAUUGUUAUGCUCUAUGCUAAAUGUGGGUGCAUUCUUCUGGCAGAAAGGUGCUUCAGCAGAAUCCUUUAUAAAGAUCUAGUCUCAUGGAGUUCAAUGAUUGAAGCAUUCACAAUCCAUGGUCAUAGUAAGGAAGCUCUCACAAUGUUUAAUCGGAUGCUGGAAGAAGGAAUAAAGCCAAAUGGAGUGACCUUCCUGAGCUUGCUGUCAGCUUGUAGUCAUUCAGGUCUUGUAACUGAAGCUCGCGAAUUGUUCGAUUGCAUGACAAAAACCUUCAGACUUGCACCCGAUCUAGGACACUAUACCUCUAUGGUAGAUGUUCUUGGCCGCUCAGGUAAUCUAGAGGAGGCUCUACAAGUGAUCAGUGACAUGAAAGUUAAUCCGGAUGGAAGAAUAUGGGGUGCUCUCCUUGCAUCAUGCAGGAUGCACUCAAACUCUAAGCUUGCAUGUUUUGCUGCUCAGAAACUUGUGGAAUUGGAACCGGAUAAUGUUGGCUAUCAUGUGGUGUUCAGUAAUGUCCAUGCUGGAGGUGGUAGAUGGGCUGAAGUGGAGGACAUUAGAAGCUCCAUGAUAGGAAUGAACAUGGAGAAAUCCCCUGCUUGGAGCUGUCUUUCUAGCAUUGGUGUUCCUUGAUACAUAAUUUUCAGCACUGCAUCAAUGGUAUUUCUCUUGAAAAAUCCAUGCCGUUUUGGCGAAAGGAGGACCAAACAUUUAUUCAAUUCAGCAUUGCAUGGAUGUUUUGCUCACAGGCUGGACAAGCAACAGGCUGUAACAUAUUAGCAGUGUGUUGAUGUCUUAAUUUCUUGGAAUGUGAGAUACUUCUUAUGCAUUGCAAGAUGAUAGAUUCAUCAUCAGAAUUCAGAAGGGAUUAAGUGUGCAUAUCUUAUCAAGAGAUUAAGGUAUCUAAGCAUUCUUCUGUACACUUGUAUAGGACUGGUAAGCUUUCUGUUCAUCAUUUUGUAAUGUCCAGUGCAAAGAAACUUCACUUUGCAACCAUAGUAUUAUAAAGUGAUACUUUUGUGUCAAUUCACCUGUUUAGAAGGGCAGGAUUUGCAUGAUACUAGUAGAACUUUCGAUUGUAUGAAAAUGAAGUAAACUCUCGACAUUGGAAUCCAAUGUUUUCUGUAACUUCCAAGAUUUAUUGAUGAGCAAAUAUAAGUUUUCUAAUAAUGUACAUGUUACAGGUAGCAUAAUUAAGCUUUCUAUUUUCUGUAUGCAAUCUCAAUUUACUAAUUUUGCCGAUUCUUGUCCUUCAAUAUGCCCAUAAAUUUAUUUUUGUUAUGUCAAACUGUACAAUUAUUUUGCAUCAUGAAUGGAGAAAUUUAACUUUUCAGUCGCAUUUACUUGCUGCAAUUGCAUAUAGUAUAACUACAUUGUCAGAUAUUUACAUUUACUUGUUUGAAUACAUGUUUAAGUGUGGUUCAUGAACAAAAUGAUUGCAAUGAAUAAGUACCAGAUUCAAUUUUUCCUGUGCACACACUAUUGACUGUGGAAAAUACAUUAUCAUUUUAGAGUUAUUGUUUUUGUAUUUGUUCGAUAUGACGUUGUGAAUGUGAGAGGUACUGUUCAGAGUCCAGUUAGUGUUAAACUGUUAAUCUUAGAAGCAUUGGAAGUUUUAUGAAGGUUAUAAUAUAUGCUCCCUCCAUUUCUAAAUAUAUGGCAUUUAGGAAAAAUUAAUUAGUUCAAAAAAUGAACUAAUUAGCUUGUCCGAAGUGGUCAUAUAUUUGAAAAUAGAGGCAAUAUUUCUACAGGCACAGCAGGUGCCACCAUUAUGAACACUCAUUGUGCAAUUUUAGUGUAAGAAAGCUAUGAAUUUAUUACAAUUUACAGCUGAAUGAUACUUCUCUUGGGGAAAAGAGUAUUGGAAACUCUGCUCUUCAAAGAUCAAUUUACGAAAUUAUCUGAGCACUGUUGCGGUACUUUUGGGAUAUACAUUUAAGUAUACACAAUUGGGAUGUCAUACAUUUUGAAGCAAAGUCUCAAACAAUGCUUCACACUUGAGUGCACAUCUCACGAUUUUAUUUAUCUUUCUUAGCGACUAUAGUGCACUUCCAAUGGAAUAUUUGGUCAUGAUAUGUAGAAAAUCACACAUUGGAUGGAUGGAUAAGUAUUGAUGAUUUUCAGAGUACAACAUCCUUCAUUUAGCUAUGAGGAAAACAUCCUUCUCAUUUGGAGAUAAGAAAGGUUAUACUGUUUGUUUUCCAGAGGUCUAAAUGCUAAACAGGCAGAAAAACAAUCAAGUUCUAAAAGACAAACUCUACAAUAUUCCAACUCAAGUAGUCGAUAAUUAGCAUACGGAGGUACAGUUGUAUGAAGCACCUGUCACCAAUGAAACAAUCUUCUCAGAGGUAUGGCUGUCAGAGUAGUAAAUCAGGGUCAGGGUGAUGAACCAACCAGCCUUGCUGGUGCUCAAUGAGUUAGGCCAUGGUACAGGCUUCCAUGCAAAAUCAAAAGGCAGAGUCUAGUAGGAUCAAUGGCCAUCAGUGUAACCAUCCAAAAGCACAGCAACCAUGCAAGAUCAAAUGAGGGAUUGACAACCAUGGAAUGGCAUGUUAAUAUGUUUGUGAGAAAGGCAGUGGAACUGGGAGAUGUAAUAGUCUGAAAAGAUUUGAAUCAGUGGAAUUUUCAAGUCAAUGAAGAGUGGUCAGUUCAAAAAUGUCUGUUUACUUGAGAAGUCAUUCUCUUGGUUAACAUGGGAACUAAAAUGUUGGUUAUCAUUGGAUGGCUGUGUUUAGUAACAGGAAUUAUCGGAUGGUUAAAAAUAUUGAUCACGUGGCUCAACCAUUCGUCUUCCAUUGUCUUCAAUAAUAUAGAGCAGAUUGAUGUGGUCUUCUGAUUUUUUUUUCCAGACAAAUUGAUCAGAACGACAGAAGAGAAGCCAGAGCAGAGAGGAGAUCCCAAUUCCAAUGCAUUUGCAUGCUUCGGUGCAUUAUUUUGUGCACACUGCAGUACGCCCUAGUCUGUGAAAGCAAGUGAACACUUAGGCUUUCAACUCCAAAUUUUAGAGGUUGAACUAAUACUGUGAAUUGUAACUGUCAAAUUUGGGAAAAUCUACUCAAACUAUCAUCUUUGUUAUUAAUGUUACUAAUAUUAAUUGCAAAGAGGUCAUACUUUCUUUUGUUUUUAA